AUGGGAGGCGAGCCCUUUGAACGGAGAGCCCUGGCAGGGGCGAAGGCGGGGCGGGGGCCCCCUAACGGCCUCGGCCCGCAGAUCGCCCUGGGGUCGAUGCACGUGAUCGACGCUGGGGAGACGGCUCUGGUGGAAGGGCUGCUCGCGGCGCCCUGGGAGUGCGGCAAGGGCGUGGCUGGGUUGCUGCAGCGCUUCUGCGCGCAGCUGGUCAAGCGAAGGCACCCGGGGAUCAAGGUGGCACGACUCACCCGGGACGACCAGCUGGGGUCCCGGGAGCUGAAGCAAUAGCACCUAAUCACCAAGCAGGGCAUCCUUUUGGUCCAGCUCAACGUGUCGGCCCUGCUGGAGGGGCUGGGCGCGCGGCUGGGGGCUCUGCGGGCCUCCGGCACCUUCUCGCCGCUGCCCACGGAGGCCGUGUCGGAGGCUGGCGGCGUCGUGGCACGCCUCCUGCUGUCGCCCUCUGUGCAGCGCGACGUGCUUCCGGGCGGGACCAUCAUCCAGGACUGGCAGCCCUACCGGCCGAGCGAGAGUAACUUGAGCCUGCUGGCGGCCAAGGGCCUGGAGUGGCGCGUGAACAGCCGCGCGCGCCCGCGCGUGCUCACGCUGUGCACGCGCCCCUUCCCCAUCCCACCUGGCGGCAACGGCACGUGGCGCUACGUCAACAUCUACACCGUCGUCAGCGAAGGUGCGCAGGUUCAGAGCCAGCUUCUGUGGCAUCUGCAGCGCCAGGCCCCGCGUCUCGUCCACCUCAACGUCAUGUGCCAGCCCUUCCUGGCGCCCCAGCUGUGGUUACAGCUGGCUGAUUUCUGCCAGGCUGGCUUGGGGCUCGAGCUGGUCAAGGGUUAUACGGAACAAUACCUGCUGGAGGCCGACAUCUAA